GAUAUUUCUUCUCAUCAUCGUUUGAAUCUCUACGUUUUCUCUCUCAUCUUUUUCACGAGACCACCUUCCUUCAUCACGCGCACACAUAUAUAUUUAUAUCCUCUCUCUCUCUAAACAAAUCUCAAAUUUCACCUUCAAACCAAACUCUAUUCAUCAUUUCAUUACAUAUAUCGAUUCAAUUCGUCAUCAACUGCUCCGAUCCAACUGACGGUUACUCCACUUGUGUGUCGGCAUCUUCUCACUCUAAUUCGCGAUUCGAAUCGGUUUCUGUGAGUGUUUCGUUUUAUUAUUUGUCACAUGCCUUUAGAAUAUGAGGUCAAAAUGGAUUAGUGAAUGAGCUGUUGAGUGUGGAGCUAAAAGUUGUUUUAUGGAAUAAGAAACGGGGUUGAGUUGGUAAUGUGAUUAUCUUUAGAUAAACAUGGCCGAGACACAUGAUGAGUUAGGGAGCUCAGAGCAAGGUUCUUCUAGUAAUACAUGGUGGCCUUCAGAAUCAGAGUUCAUUGAUAAGUUUGAAUCUGUUUCACUGGACAUUAAGAAGGAAACUCCAUCUCAUAGAAGAUCUAUGAGCAGCAGUACAUAUGACAGGUUACUAUCUCAAUCUCAAUCAGCAUCACAAAUCCUCUGGAGCACCGGAGAGCUUUCUAAACCUAUUCCAAAUGGUUUCUACUCAGUGAUUCAUGAUAAGAGGCUCAAAGAUCUUUUCGAUGAUAUUCCCACAUUGGAGGAGCUCCAUGAUUUGGAAGUUCAGGGUGUAAAAGCCGAUAUAAUUCUUGUGGACUCCCAAAAAGAUAAGAAGCUUUUCAGGUUAAAGCAACUUAUUUCUACACUAGUGAAAGGUCUGAACUCGAGUCCUGCAGCUAUUAUUAAAAAGAUUGCUGGCUUGGUCUCGGAAUUUUAUAAGCGGCCACAAUUUGAUAGCCCAAAUAAAGCUACACUUGAAGAUGCUUCUCAUGUACCCGGAAAUCGAGGUGUCCAGUUACUGGGGCAUAUUAAAAAUGGUUCAUGUCGCCCCCGAGCAAUACUGUUUAAAGUUCUUGCUGAUACUGUAGGUCUUGAAAGUAGACUGGUAGCGGGGUUACCUGAAGAUGGAGUUGGUGAGUGUGUGGAUUCAUAUAAGCAUAUGUCAGUCGUAGUUGUUCUAAACUCUGUAGAACUAUUGGUUGAUCUUAUGCGAUUUCCGGGUCAACUGAUACCCCAAUCAACAAAGGCGAUAUUUAUGACUCAUAUUUCUGGAGCGGGGGAAAGUGAUUCUGCAGAAAAUGACUCUUGUGAUUCACCACUUGAACCAAACAGCCCUUUAUACGGUUUUUCAGAGAGGAUGGACAAUGACAGUUCUGAGAAAGAUGACAAUCUCCAUUACCAGCGGAGACUGGAAUCAUCUUUGAAUGCCCCUGGACCUUCAUUGAGGAGUAAAAUGAUGCGUUCUGCAUCAUCCGUUGACGGAAAAUGGAGUUUAUCCCGUAGCGAACCAGAUAUCGCAGCCUCAUUUUGGCGAAGGAGCCGAAGGAAGGUUAUAAAUGAACCAAGGACUGCAAGUUCAAGUCCAGAACAUCCUUCCUUACGGGCACGUGGGCGGUCCAUGCUUAGUGGUGAUAGGAGAUCAUUUAGAGACUAUCCUGAUGAUGUUGGUCCAUCAAGGUCGGAAGGCACAUCAACAUCUGAACAUCGCAGAAGUCGAAGAAGCAUGAGUAUUACUCCAGAAAUCAGCGAUGACAUUGUUAGGGCUGUAAGGGCAAUGAAUGAAACAUUAAAGCAGAAUCGACUGCUGAGAGAACAGGUGGAUAGUAGGUUGCAGAAUGCAGACCUUAAGAAAGAUGAGUCGGAGCAUGAGCAUGAUGGAACACCUUUAUAUUCUCUAAAAAGGGAACACAUGAGUUCUCAAAAGGCAAUGUCAUUACCUACAUCUCCUCAUGAAUUCAGGAAUCCAAAAGCUUCUGGUGAGAUUUCAGAUGAAGCAGUCUCAACAUGGAGCAAAAUUCUGGAAUCACCCAUGUUCCAAAAUAAGCCUCUUCUUCCUUAUCAAGAAUGGAAUAUUGAUUUCUCUGAACUCACUGUUGGUACUCGAGUCGGAAUUGGAUUUUUUGGGGAAGUUUUUCGUGGCAUCUGGAACGGAACGGAGGUAGCAAUAAAGGUUUUUCUUGAACAAGAUCUCACAGCUGAGAACAUGGAAGAUUUCUGCAAUGAAAUUACCAUCCUCAGUCGCCUUCGACAUCCAAAUGUUAUAUUGUUUCUUGGUGCCUGCACAAGGCCUCCACGCUUGUCGAUGGUUACUGAGUACAUGGAGAUGGGUUCAUUGUAUUACUUGAUCCAUUUAAGUGGACAGAAGAAGAAACUCAGCUGGCGAAGAAGACUUAAAAUGCUUCGUGAUAUAUGCAGAGGAUUGAUGUGCAUUCACCGAAUGAAGAUAGCUCAUCGAGAUAUAAAAAGUGCAAAUUGCCUGGUGAAUAAGCAUUGGACCGUAAAGAUAUGUGAUUUUGGGCUGUCGAGAAUGAUGACAGAAUCACCUAUGAAAGACACCUCAUCAGCAGGCACCCCUGAAUGGAUGGCUCCUGAACUUAUCCGAAACGAACCUUUCACCGAAAAAUGUGAUAUUUUUAGCCUCGGAGUCAUCAUGUGGGAGUUAUGCACUCUCAGUCGACCAUGGGAAGGCUUGCCUCCUGAGCGCGUUGUAUAUUCUGUCGCCCAUGAAGGUUCACGGUUGGAUAUUCCUGAAGGUCCCCUCGGCAGGCUAAUUGCUGAUUGCUGGGCAGAACCGCAUGAGCGACCAAGCUGUGAGGACAUUCUCACUCGUUUACUGGACUGCGAAUACACCCUUUGUUGAUCAAGUCCAUGUGGGAGACUUUUGACCAUUUUUAUAAAUGAAACAACAAAAAGACAUAGUAGAGGUUUUACAAAACUUUUAUCGGCUUAUAAUUAAGUACUUUAUUUCUGUUUAAAUCCAAUCAUUUGGAUUAAAUUAGUGGGUUACAGUUAGAAUUCUCGAUCACAACUCUUUCAAGACUUCUUUAACAUAUUCUGUGAUACAGUGAAUUGUUGCUCA